AUGAGGCUUCUAGUGCUUUCCAGCCUGCUCUGCAUCCUGCUUCUCUGCUUCUCCGUCUUCUCCGCAGAAGGGAGAAGGCGUCCUGCCAAGACCUGGAGAGUCAGGCCCUGCUGCCAGCGCGUUCCUGGCCACAACCUGAGAGCCCUGAAAGGACACCGUGCAAGGCUCUGCAGACUGUGCAAGCUCAACCCAGGGACCAGCUCUUGGGUGGUGCCUGGGGCACUCCCACAGGUUUAG